UAUUCUUUUCAUCCUGUAUUGCCUACAUCUUACAAUUUUUUGUGCAUCUUGGAUCAGUAGUAUCUUGGGUUGUCAAAUUCAAGAACCCACCAAAGAAAAAGAGCAAAAAUGUUGGAGGAUCAAGUGACUAACCUCUUGCAGAGGUAUUUGGGAAAUUACGAAGGUCUCAAUAAAGAAACUCUUAAGAUCAGUGUUUGGCGAGGUGAUGUUGAGUUAACAAACAUUCAACUGACGCCAGAGGCACUUAAUGAGUUGAAGUUGCCGGUGAAAGUUAAAGCAGGAUUUCUUGGAUCAGCUAAACUCAUGGUUCCAUGGAGUAGGCUUGGUCAGCAUCCGGUUUUGGUUUACUUGGAUCAAAUUUUCCUUUUAGCCGAGCCUGCAACCUCAGUUGAAGGGUGUAGUGAGGAUGCUGUCCAAGAAGCAAAGAAAAGCCGAGUACGGAACUUGGAAUUGAAGCUAUUAGAGAGGAUGCACCAACUGAAGCCGGCAAUGAAUAACUCGUGGUUGGGAUCCCUUAUCAGCACAAUAAUGGGUAACCUGAAGCUCUCCAUCUCUAAUAUUCACAUCAGAUAUGAGGAUCUUGAGAGCAACCCUGGUCACCCUUUUGCGGCUGGCCUUACAUUGGAGAAUCUCUCUGCUGUAACAACUGAUGAUAGUGGGAACGAAACUUUUGUUACUGGCGGUGCAUUGGAUCGUAUACAGAAGUCCAUUGAACUGGAUCGGCUUGCUCUGUAUUUGGAUUCUGAUACAUUGCAAUGGUAUAUCGAUAAACCGUGGGAGGAUUUACUUCCUGUUGAGUGUGUUCAGGUAUUCAAAUUUGGUACAAAAGAUGGUAGACCAGCUGAUCAUCCUAUAGAAGAGCACAACUAUAUCCUGCAACCAGUCACUGGCGAUGCAAAGUACUUGAAGCUGCGGCAGAAUGAAUCUUCUAAUAGUGAUCAGCCUCUCCAGAAAGCUGUAGUGAGCCUGGAUAAUGUGACACUUUGUUUAACAAAGGAUGGAUACAGGGACAUCUUAAAAGUGGCUGACAACUUCACUGCAUUCAAUCAGAGGUUAAAGUAUGCCCAUUACCAUCCGCGUUUCUCUUUGAAGUCAAAUCCAAGGUCUUGGUGGAAGUAUGCUUACAAAGCUGUUUCUGAUCAUAUGAAGAAGGCUAGUGGAAAAAUUUUAUGGGAGCAGGUUUUGAGAUAUGCAAGAUUGCGAAAGAAAUAUGUAUCCCUAUAUGCAUCACUGCUUAAAUCUGACGUGAAUCGACUAGUAGUUGCCGACAAUAAAGAAAUUGAGGAACUAGAUCGUGAACUUGAUAUUGAACUUAUACUGCAAUGGAGGAUGCCUACUAAGGUGUUAACAUACAAAACACCACUCGAUUGCCUAAAAUCAUCUUUUCCUGGAACAAGGUUGUUUUCUGAGUUACCUGUCAAACUUUUUGGAUGUACUGUCUAUGCUCCUGGGGAGACAAGUGAUGUAGAAGACAAUUUUUGGGACAUUUCUAUCCUACUACCCAAUGUCAUUUAUCCUACACAAAAACCAUGCAUUUCUGAGAGUGGUCGCUUUGAAAAUCCAAAUUCAAGUGUUUCUAAUAACGAUUACCUAGGAGAACCAGGUUUGUUGGUGCCUAAUGAAGGAGAUUCUCGUUCAGGGGGAGAAGUACUACAAACUAAUCAACGUGAUUUGAAUUCUGAGCUUCAGUUUUAUACUAGGAAGAGAUUUCAUUUGAGAAAUAAAGACUCAAAUAUCAACCCUGCACAAAACCAAUCUGAAGAUUUAAGUUCUGGUGUCGAAACUUCAGGUAAUCCUAUCCCUACUACACCUUUGAUUUCCUCCACUUUGUCCAACAAUUCACCUAGUAUUCCUGAUCUUGAUGUCCCUAUAGCACUUAGGAAAGGUGUCCGAAAUUGCACUCAACAUCCCAUUGCAAAAUAUCUUUCCUAUCACAGACUAUCAAAAAACCAUAAAGCUUUCACAUCUAGGAUUUCACAUUUGUUUGUUCCAAGGAAUAUACAGGAAGCAUUGGAUGAUCCGAAUUGGAAAUUAGCAGUCAUGGAGGAGAUGAAUGCUCUAAGGAGAAGUGGUACAUGGGAGAUUGUCGAUCUAACCAAAGGAAAGAAAAUAGUCGGGUGUAAAUGGAUGUUUACAAUAAAAAGUAAAGCUGAUGGAAGCGUUGAGAGAUACAAGCCGAGAUUGGUGGCUAAAGGCUUUACUCAGACAUAUGGGAUUGACUACCAAGAGACUUUUGCUCCUGUUUCUAAAAUAAAUUCUAUUAGAGUGUUGUUAUCUCUUGCAGUGAACUCCGAUUGGCCUCUACAUCAACUUGACGUUAAAAAUGCAUUUCUCAAUGGUGAUCUAGAAGAGGAGGUAUAUAUGAGCCUACCGCCAGGAUUUGAGAAGAAACUUGGCAGUAACAAAGUAUGCAGAUUACAUAAGUCACUAUAUGGACUCAAACAGUCACCAAGAGCUUGGUUUGACCGCUUUGGAAAGACAGUUAUCAGUUAUGGCUUAUUGCAGAGUCAAGCUGAUCACACAGUAUUUUAUAAAUAUUCAAAAGAUGGUAAAGUUGCAAUUUUGAUUGUUUAUGUUGAUGAUAUUAUUCUCACUGGUGAUAAUGAAACAAGAUUAACUAUUAUGAAGAAAAGACUAGCAAAGGAGUUCCAAAUUAAGGACCUGGGAGCACUUAAGUAUUUCCUUGGAAUGGAAUUUGCAAGAUCUAAGGAAAGCAUAUUUGUCAAUCAGAGAAAAUAUGUUCUUGAUCUCCUUGGAGAAACAGGUCUACUUGGUUGUAAGAUGGUUGAAACUCCGGUUGAGCCAAACUUGAAGUUACAAGCUGCUAAGGUUGAAGAAGUAAAGGACAGGGAACAAUAUCAGAGACUUGUAGGGAAGUUGAUUUACUUGUCUCAUACACGGCCUGAUAUUGUUUUUGCAGUUAGCAUGGUAAGUCAAUUCAUGCACUCACCAGGGGCGGAGCAUUUCGAGGCCGUCUAUAGGAUCUUAAGAUAUUUGAAAGGAAUUCCAGGAAGAGGCUUAUUGUUCAAGAAACAUGGACAUCUUCAAGUUGAAGUCUACACAGACGCAGAUUGGACAGGAAGUGUUACAGACAGAAGAUCAACAUCUGGAUACUGUUCCUUUGUUGGAGGAAACCUAGUUACAUGGCGGAGUAAAAAACAAAAUGUGGUAGCUAGAAGUAGUGCUGAAGCAGAAUUCAGAGACGUUGCCCAUGGAAUCUGCGAGGCGAUGUGGAUAAAAAGGAUUCUUGAAGAAUUAAAGUUUUCUUACUCGACUCCAAUGAAGGUCUAUUGUGACAACAAAGUUGCUAUUGCUAUUGCUCAUAAUCUAGUGUUUCAUGAUCGCACGAAACAUAUAGAAGUGGAUAAACAUUUCAUCAAGGAGAAAGUCAAUGCGGGAAUAAUAUGCAUGACAUAUCUUCCAACUGAUGAACAAUUAGCUAAUGAGCCUUGUACUCAUUCAAGAAAUAAGACACAUAUUAUUUCUUCAUUCUUUUCUAAUUCCUUCCAAUGGUUCUGUGGCAAUAAAAGUUACUUGAAUGUUGUUCACUUUGAAAUAAUGACAAUUCUGGUUCAAGACAUCAAUUUAAAUGUUGGUACUGAAUCAAAAUUAAGUGAAAACAUUAUUAAGGAUGUCAAGGGGGUUUCUAUUAUCAUCCACAGGUCCCUUCGAGAUCAUCAUGUACCAAGUACUGAAGCUGCAAUCAAGAUAGAGGAAUUGAAAGCAGACUUGUCAGACAGGGAUUACAAGAUUGUUAUUGAAUGUGCACUUUCGAAUAUAUCUGAGAUCCCACAUAGUGUUCCACCAGUAAAAAAUAAUUUUUUUUAUCUCAACUAUGGUGAAACUUGGACUAUUCUGAAAGUUUCUGUUGUUAUAAGUCUCGUUGAAUUAAGAUUAUAUGUUGGGGAAGAACGGGGUUCACCUCUAGCCACUGUACAGGCAAGAGGUGCAUGGCUUCUUUACAAGUCUAAUACAUUAGGUAAAGGUUUUCUUUCAGCAAGUCUUAAGAGCUUUUCUGUGAUUGAUGAUCGUGUUGGAACUAAAGAAGAAUUUAGGUUGGCAAUAGGGAUGCCAAAGAAUCCUCUGGUUUGUGUUGAUGAAACCACGGGCCAGGUCAUAUAUAAUGCAAACGUUAGGAAAGAAAAUAAUAUUAAAACAUUUCCAACGAGGUUUCUUCUUGAUGCUAAUUUGGUUCAAUUCUCGACAUCUUUAUCUGUUUGUUUCCAAAGGCCACAAGUUCUUGUAGCACUGGAUUUUUUGCUGGCAGUUGUUGAGUUUUUUGUUCCUGCAGUUUGUAGUAUGCUAUCAAAUGAAGAAGAUCUAAAGUCUUUACGUAUGGUAGAUGCAAUUAUUCUUGAUAAGUCAACAUUCACCCAACCAUCUGCUCAGUUCUCAUUGUCACCUCUGAAACCUUUAAUUGCCGAUGAUAAAAAGUUUGAUCAUUUUAUUUAUGAUGGUAAUGGUGGAAUAUUGCAUUUACAAGGUAGAGAAGGAGUUGAUCUUUCUGCACCUAGUAACGAGACUAUGAUAUAUGUUGGGAGUGGGAAAAUAUUGCAGUUCAAGAAUGUUCAUAUCAAGGAUGGAUAUAUAGAUUCAUGUAUUUCACUGGGAUCCAAUAGCUGCUACUCUGCUUCAAAGGAUGACCUUGUCUACUUGGAGGGAGGGGAUGAAGGCCAACAAGUGGAUGCUUCAAGGAAAAUUACUAGUGAUAUGUUAACUCAAAAUGCUAUGGUUGAUAAAUCUUCCGAGUUCAUCAUUGAGUUUCAGGUAAUUAGUUCUGAACUGACUUUUUAUAAUGCAUCAAAAGAUGUGGGGGAAUCUCAAGUCUUAUCUAACAAACUUUUUCAUGCUCAGUGGGAUGUGUUUGGAAGGCUAGUUAUGAAAGGUGAUACCGUUGAGAUGAAUGCAAAUGCCCUUGGCUUGACAAUGGAGAGUAAUGGGAUCAACACUUUGGAGCCCUUUGACACCUCAAUUAAGUAUUUGAAUUCUUAUGGAAAGAUAAAUAUACAUUUAUCUGUUUCAGACAUAUUAAUGAAUAUUUCAUUUAGCAUCCUGAGACUUUUUUUAGCUGUUGAAGAAGAUAUUUUGGCCUUUCUAAGUACAACAUCAAAGGAAAUCACUGUUGAGUGUUCUCAGUUUGACAGAGUUGGAACAAUUAAAAAUCCUAACAAUGACCAUAUAUAUGCCUGUUGGAGAGCUCGUGCCCUAGUGGGUUUUGCAGUUCUUGGUGACUAUCUAACGCCAUUGGACAAACCACCUACAAAAGGUAUUUGUGCUGUAAAAAUCAACUAUUUCAGAGUCAUCAGACCCGUAUCUUUUAAAAAAAUAUGGCCACCAAUAGAUUCCAUAGGCAUCUCCAGUGAAGGUGAAAUUAAAUCCGAAAUAUUGUCAAAUGGCGAGCAAGAAAGCAACUGCUCUGUUUGGUUCCCUGAAGCUCCUGAAGGAUACAUUGCUUUAGGUUGUGUGGUUUCCCCUGGGAAAUUGCAACCAUCAUCGUCUUCUACUUUCUGCAUCCCGGCUUCUUUUGUUUCUCCUUGUUCACUCAGGGACUGCAUUACCAUCACCAAUCAUCUAGCAUUUUGGCGUGUGGAUAAUUCUCUCGGGACCUUCUUGCCAGCAGAACCGACAACUUUGAGGUUGUUAGCUGCAGCAUAUGAAUUGCGCCAUAUAAUUAUUAGGUCUCCUGAAGUCUAUCCUAAACCAUCUAGAGUUUCGGAAAUCCAAACUUCUUCACAUGGUUGUGUCAACAAUCGGCAGUUUGAAAAUUCAUCAGUUGUAAAUAUUGGUCGAUGUUUUGAAGCUGUUGCUAGUUUUAAGUUGGUUUGGUGGAAUAGAGGUUCGAGCUCAAGGAAGCAACUAUCUAUAUGGCGUCCAAUGAUCUCCCUAGGAAUGGUGUAUUUUGGUGAUAUUGCUGUUCAAGGGUAUGAACCUCCUAAUACAUGCACAGUUCUUCAUGAUAGUGGAGACGAUCAUUACAAAGCUCCUAUAGGAUUCCAGCUUGUUGGAAAAAUUAAGAAACAGAGAGGAAUUGACAGUGUUACUUUUUGGUUGCCUCAAGCUCCUCCAAGUUAUGUUUCUUUGGGUUGUAUUGCAUGUAAAGGUCCACCAAAGCAACAAGAUUUUUGCACAUUAAGAUGCAUACGGAGUGAUAUGGUAACUGGAGAUAAAUUUUUGGAAGAAAGUGUUUUGGACACAUCAGAUGCCAAGUUUGGUACAGAACCAUUUAGCAUUUGGGUUGUUGCUAAUGACUUGGGGACUUUUGUUGUCCGUGAUGGGUCCAGAAAACCUCCAAAAAGGUCUGCUUUAAAGCAGGUGGAUCCAUGUUUACACAGUGCUUCAGACAAUACUGUCCUUGAUGCAGAAAUAGGGACCUUUUUCGUAGCCCUUUUUGAUGACUUCAGUGGCCUGAUGGUUCCAUUGAUUAAUAUAUCAUUGAGUGGAAUAGCAUUUAGUUUACAUGGAAGAUCUGACAAAUUAAAUUCUACUGCUAGCUUCUCUUUGGCGGCCAGAUCAUAUAAUGAUAAAUAUGAAUCCUGGGAGCCAAUUGUUGAGCCAAUGGAUGGGUUUUUAAGGUAUCAGUAUGAUCCCAACUCCUCUGGCGCAGCAUCUCAGUUACGUUUUACCUCCACAAGGGAUCUCAACUUGAAUAUCUCAGAGUCUAAUGCUAAUAUGAUUAUUCAAGCUUACGCAAGCUGGAAUAAUCAUAGUGAUAUUCAUCAAUAUCAUAAAACACAGGAAGUACUUUGUCCAACCUCUCCGGCAAGAUCUAUUGUUGAUGUCCACCACAAGAGAAGUUACUACAUCAUCCCACAAAAUAAACUUGGUCAUGACAUUUUUAUUCGAACUACUGAGAAUAAAGGCUUUGAAGAUAUUAUUAGAAUGUCAUCUGGGGAUAUGAAGCCUAUAAAAGUUCCUGUUUCAAAAAAUAUGCUGGACUCUCAUUUGAAAGGAAAGCUUUGCGGGAAAAUUAGAACAAUGGUAACAGUCAUUAUCGCAGAUGCAAUGUUACCCAGAGUUGAAGGGUUGACUUCUCAUCAUUAUACUGUGGCUGUUCGCGUUUCUCCUGAUCAUAGCCUUCCAAGUGAAUCACUGAUUCAUCAACAAAGUGCACGUACAUGCGGGCGCACCUCAAGUCACGUGUCUUCUGAUAUUGAAUUGGUUGACUGGAGUGAAAUAUUUUUCUUCAAAGUUGACUCCCCAGACACCGACUUAAUGGAGCUAAUUGUUGCUGAUGUAGGAAAAGGUGACGUUAUCGGAUUCUUUUCUGCACCCUUGAAUCAGAUAGCCAUGCACAUCACAGAUGAUUCCCCUCAAUAUGAUCUGAUCAAUAGCUUAAUGUGGAUGGACUUAUCCUUGUCAGAAGCUAUGAAUGCCUCUCAAGCAGAUAGGAGGGGGAAGAAGUCGGGUGGGAAAUUAAGAUGUGCUGUAAUUUUGUCCCCAAAAUCUAACAUUGAUGAGACAAAUGAAUACUUUGUUGGUGGCAUUAAAUCGAGAUUCAUUCAGAUAAGCCCUAACAUGGAGGGCCCUUGGACUACAGUGCGGCUGAACUAUGCAGCACCAGCUGCUUGUUGGCGUUUAGGAAAUCAUGUUGUGGCUAGUCAAGUUAAUGUAAAGGAUGGCAAAAGAAAUGUAAAUAUUAGGUCUCUGGUCUCUGUACAUAACAACACAGAUUUUGUACUUGAUUUAAAUCUCGUAUCCUACGCUUCCAGUGAAAUAAUGGAGAGACCUGCUGACAAAAACACACCUGAAGGUAUACAAGUUGAUGGUAACAGAAUUCAGACAGAUGAGUUCUUUGAAACUGAAACAUACGAUCCAAGUGUUGGAUGGAUUGGCUACAAAGCUCAAUUGAAUCAGAUCAACCACAAGCUGGAGGCUCCCAGCAGAUUGUGCAUUCAUCAUUGGAUAGCAACCUCUGGAGUUGAGUUACCUUCAGGUUGGGAGUGGGUAGAUGAUUGGCACUUGGAUAAAUCAACAAGUACUGGGGGUGGAUGGAUUUAUGCUCCAGAUAUAGAAAGCCUGAACUGGCCCGAUUCAGAUGAUUCUCUAAUAUCUUUGAAUUCUGCUAGGCAAAGAAAAUGGAUCAGGAAUAGGAAACAAAUAUCACUUGAUGCAAGGAAGGAUAUAUUUGUUGGCCAGUUGAAACCUGGUGAUACUGUGCCACUUCCCUUAUCAGCCUUAACUCAGUCUGCACCAUUUGUGUUUCGGUUGCGACCUUCGAGUUUUGGUGGUUCUGAUAAGUAUUCUUGGAGUUCUGUAGUUAGAAAUCCUGGUCAACUGAAAGUUUCUGGAAAGCCUAAGGGAACUUCUGAGAUAUAUGUAUCAGCUCUCACUGAGUCUGAGGAAUUGCUGUGCUGCAACCAGCUAAGUGAGAUAUCUUCGAAUGGUUCUUCACAUAAAAUCUGGUUUUGUUUAGGCAUGCAAGCAACUGAGAUUUCAAAAGACAUCCACUCGGAUCCUAUCCUGGACUGGAGUAUUCUGAUCAAAUCCCCAUUAUCUAUUACCAACUAUCUUCCUUUUACUGCUGAAUAUUCUAUCCUUGAAAUGAAAACAAGUGGUCAUUUCAUUCCCUGCUCCAGAGGAAUAUCACACCCUGGAAGAAUUGUAAAUAUAUACGGUGCUAAUAUAUGUAAUCCUUUAUUCUUUUCACUACUUCCACGAAGAGGAUGGUUGCCAUUACAUGAAGCUGUUCUGAUCUCACAUCCUCGUGAAAUUCCAUCCAAAACAAUAAGUUUGAGAAGUUCAAUCACUGGAAGGAUUGUUCAACUCAUUAUUGAGCAAGAUUAUGACGAAGAACAAACAAUGAUGUCAAAAACAAUCAAAGUCUAUGCUCCUUAUUGGUAUGUCUCCAUCGGCGAUAUAGCUCGUGCUGGAAGUCAUCCUCCUAAUGUUGCUGCUGUGUACAGAAGCAUUGACAAGCUAUUUGCACGUCCUGUGGGUUAUGACCUGGUAUGGAGGAAUUGCAUGGAUGACUACACAACUCCUGUGUCGAUUUGGUAUCCACGGGCUCCCAAGGGAUUCACCGGUCUCGGAUGCAUUGCGAUACAAGGUUUUGAGGAGCCAGAAGUCGGCAUAGUACAAUGCGUGGCAGAAACAAUGGUGGAGGAGACGACAUUCGAGGAGCAGAAAGUAUGGUGUGCACCAGAAUCAUAUCCGUGGGGUUGUCAUGUUUACCAAGUCCGAAGUGAGGCUCUUCAUUUUGUUGCUCUAAGAGAAAACAAGGCCACAAACUGGACACCCAAGAUGAUUCCUGAUGAUUUCCAGCCCCACCAAUCCAAAGAAGAAACCCGCUGAAU